GCGCUGCAGGGCCAGACCGGCACGCGCAUCUGGGUGGAUGUCGAGGCCUCUGAGGUGCGCAUAUCUGGCCCGCAGGAGGGCGUGGAGGUCGCCCGCGACCUGGUGCAGGAGCUCCUCUCGGGCAACACGCCCGCGGCGCUGAUGCCGCAGGCGGCCAUGGACCCCACCCAGGGCCCGGCGGGCAUGCUCACGGAGGCCACCCCGAGGGGGGCGCCCAAGUUCCAGCCGCCCGCGGUCGCCCUGCGGCGCUUCCGCAACGGGCCCGCCAGCCUGCCGACGCCGGUGCCCAGGGCCACGCCGGGCGUGGGGGCCCUGGGCAUGGCCCCCGCCACGCUGGCGGAGCAGGAGGAGCCGGCCUACCCUGCAGACUGGCCCGGCCUGCCCGGCAUGGAGGACGCCGCCGCGGACGCUGGCGCGCACGACGCGGCGGCGAGGAUGCUGCCGCCCCCCCGGAAGCUGCUGCCGAGGCCCACGCGGCCGCAGGCGGCCCCGGCGAUGCCCUUCCUGUAGGGGCCUGCAGGCCCGCCCGCCGGCGGCACGCCGGAGGGCGACCCUCUGGGAACACGACGUCGGGAGUCUGGGGCAACGCUGUGGCGCGAGCGCGGCCCAGCAUGCCGGCACAGCUGCCGUGAGCGAUCGACAUCCUGCGCUUGGUUGAGU